AUGAAAAUAGCUUUAUUAUAUCUUUUAGGAAGUAUUUUAGCAAGUGAAUUGAUCUGUAAUCCUUCAUAUCCUACUGAUUGUUAUCCUAAAGUUUUUAUCCCAACAAGAGAGUGGCAGGAAAUCAAAGAAGGUCAAGAUAUUCCUGGAGGUUUACACGUCAGACUAAAUAUAGAUACUUUAAAAAGAGAAGCCAAGUUAUUGGAGGAAGAAGAAUCCAGUGAAGUCAGUUCCAACGACCUCGUAAUUGUAGACAAUCAACCAGAAACUGUCGAUAAAACCAUGGAAGAAUCAAUCAAAUCAGCAAUUGGCGAAUAUAAGGCUAAACAUAGAUCUAAGAUAAAUACCAAUUCUAAUGAUUUCAAGGAUUUCCAAAGCUCAGUUGAAGACAUUAAGAAAUAUAAUGUUGACGAAUUAGAUGGAUCCUUGGAUAGUUUGAUGGACUUAAGUCAUGAUAUCGAAUAUGGGAUCAAAAUCACUGAUGAUAAAUCUUUACUUAAUGCAUUAUUUGAACUCACUUCUGAAGUUGACGUCGAUACUAAAGAAAAGAUAUACAGAAUGAUUGGAGCAUCUAUCAGAAAUAACCCUACAGCUUUAGAUAAUUUCCUUGAAAAUGGAAAGACUCAAAUUUCAAUCUUCAUCAAAGAACUUCAAAAUGACCCUGAAAUCAUCAAGAAUAGAAUUUUAGGUAUCUUUAAUGUCUUGGUGGAUAAUGCUAGCUUCAAAUAUACCUACUUAUCACAAUUAUUGGAUCAAUUGAUCAAUGUAUAUCCUACAUUGUCAUCAUCUUCUCAAACAAGAUUGGUAAAUAUCUUCAAAGAUCUAAAAUUAGUUGAUAACGAAGCAAAUGAUAAUGAUAACGAAAUUUCCACUUAUUUACAAAACAAAUUCAUCAAGAAUGACUUUACUGAUGAAACUCAAUUCCAAUUAUAUUACGAUAAAUUACUUGAAUUACACAAACAAGCAGAUUUAAAACCUCAAAAGGAAUUUGUAGCCUGGUUAGAUGAAGAAGUUGGUUUAAGACAACAAGGUUUGAAGAAACAUGAUAACCUUUAUUCAGGAAAUCAAGAAUUCGAUGAUAAAUUAUUAGAGACUAGACAUAAAGUAUUUGGUAAUCCUAAUGCUUUAAGAAAACAUUUUGUAGAUGAUGAAUUAUAA